GGUAUAUAUAUUUGGCCUUCGCCCUGUUAAGUCAAUAAUUCCGGUCCAUUCCAUUUAUAGUGAUUUUAAAAGUAUGGCGAAUAAAGGAAAAUUUACUGACAGAUCACCUGCAAUACAAGCUGCGGGGAAGCAGUCUUCAGGGGCAGCCGAGGACACAGCUUUUGAAGACUUACAAGUUACUGCACAUGAAAGUUUCUGGGAAAAGGAAGUCGAAUCCACAACUGAAGAAUUGGUAAACUCUUCAAAACCUCCAUAUAAAGUGAUUUGGGACAAGCGUGCUACACAUGAAAGGUAUAAGAAGACUCACGAUGACUUUAACCCCUCUGAGAGGAUGACCAGAGGGUACGAUGAUCACUUUGAUCCUGCUCAGAAAUUUGAAGGUAAAACACAAUACGAUGCAAGAGGCAUAUGGGUGAGGUGCGCCUGCGACUGGCACAGCCACGAACCCAUUAUUUCCUCCGAUCAGAUCCAAGCUAAUUUCAACAAACGAACAAAACCACAACUGGGAGAGGUCUUAGCUCCUAAUGACAACUUAGACUGUGUCCCAAAGGGUCACAGUUUCGGAAGAGUAAAGCCUAAGUCAUCUGACGGCACUUCCGAUUUGAUAACUGACUCGAAUCAGUCUUCAUGUUUGUUUAAACAAGACUUCUACAAGUGGCUAGGGUCCUUGAACGAUUUAAAAUUGUUGUUGCAGCAUAGAAGCGAUGAGGAUUUUCAAUUCAACGAUUUCUGUGACAAAGCCCAGCAUUUUGACAAAAACCAAACAGGGUGGUUGCCAGUAGACACGUUUUUCGAACUGUGUAUGUGUCACAAACUCACUUUCCCUAAGGAAGACAUUGAAUCCCUUAUGAGGAUCCUGGGUGUUAUUGUAGACGACAAAGUCGAUUAUAAAAGAUUCAUUGAAAUAAUUGAUGUCGAUUCGCCAUCGUUCCAAAUAAUGGAGUUUCAUGAUAUACCCAAGACAAGCAGGUACUACGUGGGACCAGAUCAGGCUGCAACUUGCGACUACAUGAUAAUGGACAGUUCAGGCAUGUACGCAGCUGGAUUACCGUCCGUCCGUUCUGAUCAUUUUCUCAUCUCUACAAAACUGGCAGUGGACGAGCAAAAAUUUGAGAAAAAGUAAUACAUUUAUAUGUGGUGAAAAUAUUCGCUAAACUAACACAAGCUUUCCUUGUAUUCCUCUAACUUGAAAGUAAAAUAAAAAAAUAUUUAAUAUAGAUUUAAAUGCAUUUAAAUUAAUGGCAUUAGGUAGCCACAUUGUCACUGAAAAGUGAUUGCUUGACCAGUAUUUAUACUUAAAAUGAAAUAAUAUAGUUGUAUACUCAAAAAUGUAGACAAGCAUUUCAUGUAUUAAUAAAUCUGCAACAAUUACAAUGGUGUUUUUAGAUAACUUAUUUCUAGAAGAAAAUUUGCAUUUAUAGGAAAGUAUGCCUCCUCAAAAUAUAAUAUAUAUGAUUUUAAUAAAGUAGUAAAAGUUUAUAUGUAACAAUGUUCAGGAUGCGGGAGUGGUUUUCUGAUGUGGCCCCACGUUGGGCGCCAUGUUCAGAAUCCGGGAGUGGUCUUGCUUGAAUGUGAAGUUCGUCUUCUUGUUUCUCUCCGCGGAACGAGACAUUUAUUUUUAUUUCACGUUUGUCCCUUUCUAUUCAGAAAGUUACCUGAGAGGUAACAACAGCAAAAUCAAAAUGUAAAAGAAAAACGUAUUGCUUAUUUGACUCGAAGGCAUUAAAGUCAAAACUGAACUGGAUGCCGCGGAGGCGUGGGUUAGCUGCGGUUGAAGUACUACCGUGAUGAUUAGCGUCCACUUAUUCUUUAAACUUAGGGUGUUGCUCCCCUUGAGUAAAGGAUAGAGCUUAGCCCUGGUGGUCCUUGCUUGCGCCACUGUUUCCGCGAUGUGCGUUUUCCACGUGAGUCGGUCCAUCGUCACGCGCUGAUUGAAUAUUAUCUUCCUUUUUAUUUCUACUCAAGUUGAAUCUAUUGUUUUUAACUUUGUUAUUAAAGAUGAACAUCUACUAGUUAGAAAUAUGUUAAAAAAAAUUUGAUAUUUUAAAAAAUAUUUUUAUCCAUUAGCGAUUAAGUCUUCAAACGACCUAAUAAUAAUAAUUUUUUUCUAUCCCGCAUCAAAAAAAAAUACAUUUAUAUCAGAAUAUUCGCUUACAGCUCAUACAUUCACAAGCUUUCAUAGUAUUCCCCUAACUGGGAAAUAAAAUUUAUUUGUUACUAAAAAAAUAUUUAAAUUUAAAUGCAUUUAAAUUAAUGGCAUUUUUUGUUUAAUUUGGCAGCCUACAUUGUCAUUGAAAAGUUAUUGCUUUGCUAGCAUUUAUGUUUUAAAAUGAAAAUGUAGUUGUAAUCACAAAAAUGUAAACGCACAAUUCGUAUAUUAAUAAAUCUGCAACAAUUAAA